ACACUCUUUUAAGACCAAAAGCAAAGAGAGAAAAAAAAAAAAAAAAAUUCACUCUCAACUCAACCAAAACAAAUAGAAACAAAAAUGGUGUUAGCCGGCGGUGGUGGUUCAGCCAGCACCAUGAAAUCCCUACCCCUCCAAAUCCUAACAGGGCGGUGGUUCAUGGUAUUCGCCUCCCUCCUCAUCAUGUCCGCCGCCGGAGCCACCUACAUGUUCGGACUCUACUCCGCCGAAAUCAAAUCCUCCUUAGGAUACGACCAAACCACCCUCAACCUCCUCAGCUUCUUCAAAGACGUCGGCGCCAACGUCGGCAUCCUCUCGGGCCUCAUCAACGAGGUCACUCCUCCCUGGGUCGUCCUCUCCAUCGGUGCCGUUCUCAAUUUCUUCGGCUACUUCAUGAUUUGGCUCUCUGUCACCAAAAAAAUCUCCACUCCCAAAAUCUGGCAAAUGUGUCUCUACAUUUGCAUCGGCGCCAAUUCCCAAUCCUUCGCCAACACCGGCGCUCUAGUCACCCUUGUCAAGAACUUUCCCGAGAGCCGCGGCGUUGUUUUGGGCCUCCUCAAGGGGUUCGUUGGGUUGAGCGGAGCGAUUAUCACUCAGCUCUACCUUGGUGUCUAUGGAGACAACUUGAAAUCGUUGAUUUUACUUAUUGGUUGGCUUCCAGCGGUGAUUUCGUUUGCCUUUUUACGAACGAUUCGGAUCAUGAAAGUGGUUAAACACCCGAAUGAGUUAAAAGUUUUUUAUAACUUUCUUUAUAUUUCGCUAGGGUUAGCCGGGUUUUUAAUGAUUAUGAUUAUUUUCCAGAAAAGGUUUAACUUUACGCAGAGCGAGAACCGUGGCAGUGCUGCCGCCGUAGUCGUUCUGCUGUGUUUACCGCUCGCGGUAGUUAUAAAAGAAGAGUAUAGUAUUUGGAAGAGCAAACAAGAAGCCCAACUCCAACUCCAACUCCAACCACCAUCCAUUGAUUUGAAAAUCGUAACCGAAAAUCAAAAUACAGAAACAAUUUUGCCACCAUCGGCGACCAGUAAUGGUGGUGAAGAAGUACUAGUACUGCCAACAUCACAAAAACAGGCUGAUUCUGAUUCAGUUUCCUGUUGGAGAACCAUAUUCCAGCCACCGAACAGAGGCGAUGACUACACAAUCCUCCAAGCGCUCUUCAGCAUCGACAUGCUGAUCCUCUUCUUCGCCACCAUCUGCGGCGUCGGAGGAACUUUAACAGCCAUCGACAACCUCGGUCAGAUCGGAGCUUCGCUCGGAUACCCAAAACGGAGCAUUAGUACUUUCGUAUCGCUCGUUAGCAUAUGGAAUUACCUCGGCCGAGUAGUCGCCGGGUUCGUCUCAGAAAUCUUUCUAACCAAAUACAAGUUCCCUCGCCCCCUCAUGCUCACCCUCAUCCUCUUCCUCUCUUGCCUCGGUCACCUCCUCAUCGCCUUCAACGUCCCCAGCGGCCUCUACAUUGCAUCAAUCAUAAUCGGAUUCUGUUUCGGAGCUCAAUGGCCAUUGCUGUUCGCAAUCAUAUCCGAAGUAUUUGGACUCAAAUACUACUCCACAUUAUACAAUUUUGGAUCGGUGGCGAGUCCAAUUGGAUUGUAUAUACUCAAUGUUAAGGUCACCGGGCAUUUGUACGAUAAGGAAGCUGAACGACAGGGGGCGAUCAGGAAGGCCGGGCAGGGCUUGAAUUGUGUUGGGGUGGAUUGUUUUAAGCUUUCUUUCAUUAUUAUCACCGCGGUGACGGUGUUAGGAGCUCUUGUUUCGGUGCUUUUGGUAAUCAGGACUAGGAAGUUUUAUAGGAGUGAUAUUUAUAAGAAGUUUAGGGAGGAGGCGGAGAAGGCGGAGAAGGAGAUGGCGGUGGCCGGAAAUGGGGCGGCCAGACCGGUGUCGGAGACGAAAGUGGGGUGAAGAUUGGUGGAUGUGAUAAUGGGUAGAUAGAAUGACAGAUUAGGAGGACAAAGGUAUAUACAUAGAUACACAUGUAGUGUGGUUUCUUGAAUGGCAAAACAGCCUGUUUGUGUUUACUCCUACCCAUUUUAUGUUCAAUUUUCCCAUUUUCUGGGACAGAAUCUUGUAAUACUGUACUAGUUUUAAGUCCAAAACAUAAUCAAUUAUGAUUUAAGUGGGUGAGUUAAACUGAAAAUAAUAAUUCUUGUGAUAA